CAUCCUUCUCAACGACAAUCGAAAGUCAUGGCGGCUUCAGCUAUGGCUUCGUCAUCAUCGUCCGCCCUCCUCAGGCGAACAGUCAUCGCCUCUUCCUCAAGGCAUUGCGCCUCCACCUCAUCAGCUGCCCGUCUGACAGCCACUGCGCAGCGUCACAACUCGACGUCGACUUCUGAGUCAUCCUCAGCAUCGUUCCCCCGUCCUCUUCCCCCUCUUUCAAAGCUCACCUCCCGCCGGGGCCGUGAACCCGCCCCACCUAGUCGCAUCAAGCCCACGACACCCACCUUCUUCACCGCGAAGCCAACUUACAUAUCCCUCGUUCUCAAACUUCAAUCACUUCUCGAGCAAUCGCGCUCCCUCCUACAGUCGGCCGACAUCCUUCCGCGAGACGCCAAGCCCCCUACAACAGAGGAGGCAGCCUUGUACGAAGCUCAAGCGGAAAUAGCUGCGGAAGGGGGCGAUAUGGCGAGUGUCAGCAUGGCAAAGGCGAUGCAGAAGGUUCAAAGGCAGAGCCCCUGGAAGAAGAGGGUGGAGAUGAGCGAAGGGUUGGGACUCACAUUGAGUGCUAGUCAGUACAGGCAGCUCGCGACGAGCUUGACGACCUUGUCGCGCUACAAUGGGCUGGUGCAACUUCACUUCGCUGGAAAUGGAGAAGCGCCCACUGCUCCCCACCUUGGCGGAGCGGCCGUGGAUCAGGGAACGAAGUUGGCACAAGAGAUGCAGAGCACCUUGGAUGAACAUCGCCGAGACCUUGGGCUCAACGCACGAAGAGGGGAUGGCUUUACGACGAAGAGUGGGGUGGAUGAGCAAGGGAGGAUCUGGGCCGUCGGUGGGCGCAAGGACAGCAGCGCCCGCGUUUGGAUCGCACCCGUCUCCCAAGCUACGAGCGGCGCUGAGGAGUCCCAGCUCCCCGUCGGCGACAUUCUAAUCAAUGGCUCCCCCCUCUCGACCUACUUCACUCGUCAAUCACACCGCGAAUCCAUCGUCCACCCUCUUCGCCUCGUAGGGCUGGUUGGCCAGUUCAACAUCUUCGCUCUCACAUCCGGCGGAGGCCACUCCGGCCAAGCAGGCGCGAUUGCACACGGCCUGUCAAAGUGUGUGGUUCGGUACUUUGAGGAGAAGGUUGCGACAGAAGAGGAGGGUAGCGUCAAGAGGGAGGAGUGGGAGAAGUUGAGGGCAGGUGUCAGAAGUACGCUCGCCAAGGAUGGGGUGUACAAGAGGGACCCAAGAAUGGUGGAGCGCAAGAAGACAGGCCUGGCCAAGGCGAGGAAGGCUUAUACUUGGGUCAAGAGAUGAGCACGAGAGAGGUCAAGGUGCAAUGCAACCAUGUUCCAAGCGGACAACGAGUGGCUGCGGUGCGUCGUAUUUGCUCGCUGCGACACCGUACAUUGCAUGACCCAGACCAGGUAGGCGGCUGUGCUCCUUUAAUCCUUCUUCUCUCCCUCCUCUCCGUCCUUAUCCUUCUCCCCACCAAACAUGAUCUUCCCUCCCGCCUUCGCGAAAUCAAACUGCCCUGGC